AUGGAGACUACUAAGUUCCCAAUUCAUCGAACACUUGGUGUGCAUUCCCACUCGCUUCCAAAUACACCAACCACAAAUGAAAGGGGGCAAAUAAUGGUAACAGUGGGUGAGUAUGGAGCUACAUGGGUGAAUGGUGAAGAGGGUUUAAUGUGGCCUGGGAGUUUUUACUUGGAUUCACAAAUGGCGGCUUCUCAAUCUCAGCCUUCGGAUCAACUCUCACUUGAUUUAACCCUCAAGUGUGAUUUUGUUAACAGGGCAUCAGGCGGGGAUUUUAAGGUUUUGGGUGUUGUGGAAGACAAUGGGAAGCCUUUGACUGAUGAUGUUUGGAUUGUUGUAUGA